UGCCGCGCGCGUCCGUCGCAUGCUUUAUGCGACUCCGCUGCCCCUUCACCAUAAUAUGGAUAUACAGCACAUCCGCGCCCUUAUCAACAUCCAGUUCGCAUAUUUGUGGUUCCGCGAAGUCUCCGAAAAAUACAAAUGGAUUAUUUUGUAAAGUGCUACAGGAGUUUUAGUUUUGUAAGAUAACCGUGUGACUGGAUGUUCCGUGCAAAUGUGAUUUUAUACAAGUGUAGUGUGAAUACGUAUUUAUUAUAAUAAUAAAUUAUUCCAAUGAACUCGAAGAGAAAAAUGGAACGCUACAAAACUGUCGUGUUACGAUGGCGGGCUUCCUAAAACGGUGAUUAUUAAAACCCUAGUGAAUAGUGCUUCGGUAAAGUCUGAUAUUUUAGACUGCGUUAAGUUAUUUAUUAGUUAGAAGUGUUGUUGUGUCGGAUAAGAGGAUUAUGCUGAUCAAUACGUUUUUGGACACGGAGGAUUUCGUGCACCUUUACUACCCGGAGGAUGAGCCGGCCGCGGCGCAGGGGUGCGGAGCCGGGGCGCGCAUGGCCUCCAAGUACCCCGCGAGACCGCCCUCGCCUGAAUACUCGCAGGUAUCAGCGGCAUCGUCGAGCGAGAUGAGCGACCGCGAGCGGUACCGCGCGCCGCCGCAGCCGGAGCCGCCGCCGCACCGCGUGCGCGCCGCGGAUAUGUACCCGCGUCUGCGCACGCACUGCGACGAGCCUGGACUCGAGGUCGGAUAUACCACCAUAUGCGGCGAGUUUGUGCAGUGGGUGGGUCGAACAGCAGACGGCGGCACCGUCGCCAUGUCCAACUACCGCUUGCACGUCCAGCCCCGGAGGCGCGCUGGGCCCGGCUCCUCGGUGCCCAUCCGGCUCAUAGACGCUGUCGAGAUACGGGACCUGCUCCAUCUCAUCGUGCUGUGUAAAAACGGCCAACAACUCAAAUGCUCGUUCAACACGGGCGAUCAGUGUGUCGAGUGGUGGAGAAGGCUUAAUACAGCAUUGGCGCCCAUCGGAUCCAUUCAGGAGACAUUCGCAGCGGCAUAUGCGGCCUGGGCGAAGGAACAACCACCUACGUCCGUGCAUCGAGCUCUGAUAAAGGCUUCGCACUCACCGCAGAGGCAUUGGUUUGGGCCUGAGGUGGAGCGACUAGGGUUCACUACGAAGGGCGCGUGGCGAGUGUCCGCUGCCAACGCGGAGUACAAGCUGUGCCCCUCGUACCCGCCGCUGCUCAUCGUGCCGGCGUCGAUAUGCGACGAGGACCUCGACUCGGUCGCUCGUUUUCGAGCAAUGCGCCGCAUCCCAGCAGUGGUGUGGAGGCAUCGCGGCAACGGGGCGGUGAUCGCGAGGUCUUCGCAGCCGGAGGUGGGCUGGCUGGGCUGGCGGUCGAGCGAGGACGAGCGGCUGCUGGCGGCCUUCGUCAGCGCGUGCAACGCCGACCGGGGCAUGCAACAGGGCACCUCUAACAAGCAACUGAAGCUGUUGAUAGUGGACGCGCGCUCGUACGCGUCGGCCGUGACGAACCGCGCGCGCGGCGGCGGCUGCGAGUGCCAGCAGUACUACCCCGCCGCCGACAUCCAGUUCAUGUGCCUGCCCAACAUACACCACGUGCGCCGCAGCUUCCAGCAGAUGCGCGCGCUCGCCGCCGAGCCCGGGGAUCAGGCCAACUGGCACAGCAACCUGGAGCGCACGCUGUGGCUGCAGUACGUGAGCGGCGUGCUGCGCGCGGCGGCGGUGGCGGCGCGCGCGCUGGCGGGCGCGCGGCCCGUGCUGGUGCACUGCUCCGACGGCUGGGACCGCACGCCGCAGAUCGUCGCCGCCGCGCAGCUCGUGCUCGACCCCUACUACCGCACGCUCGAGGGUUUUCGCAUCCUAAUCGAGCGUGAGUGGCUGGACUUCGGGCACAAGUUCGCGGAUCGGUGCGGCCAUCAGUUCGGCCCAGAGGACCCUAACGAACGGUCGCCCAUAUUCCUGCAGUGGCUCGACGUCGUGCACCAGAUGAUGGUGCAGUUCCCUUGCAGCUUCGAGUUCAAUGAUGCCUACUUGAUAAAGUUGGCGACGCACGUGCACUCGUGCAUGUUCGGCACGUUCCUGUGCAACACGGCGCGCGAGCGCGGCGAGGCGCGCGCGCCCGACGUCACGGCGCACGUGUGGCAUCUGCUGCGCGCGCCCGCCUACAGGAACCACCUCUACUCGCCGCACCUGCUCGACCAGGUGCUGUGGCCGGAGUGCAGCGUGCGCAGCAUGCACGUGUGGAGCGUGUUCGGCGCGGAGCGGCAGGCGGCCGCGUCGCCGCCCGCGCCGCGCCCGCACGACGCGCGCGCGCCGCACCACGCGCUGCCGCCGCGACACCCGCUCGCUAACGGACUGAUGACAAAGACGAGAUCCUGUGAUAACCUGCUGAACGAGGGAGAGAAAAGAACAACACAAAGGAGAUGUAGUGAUCCCAGCAUCGCGCCGGAUGUCAUGAAGCUUUCGUUAGCCGGCGAGUGUCGAGCCGCGCUCACUGACAGUUGCGUCGACGAGCUCCCCGCACGACCCACGCACGAUCAGGUGGACGGUCUCCACCCGGACCACUUCGAGAACAGCGGCCGUCUGCCGCGCGACAUCGCGAGCGGCUCCUCCUCGCUGGAGCGGGAGCUCGCCGGCCCCGCGGGGGACCGCGUCAUCGAACACGGCGACGGACCGGUGGAGAACGGCGUUAACAUGAACGGUGUGGUGGAGAUGGCGGAGAGCGUGGUGCGGGUCACGACGUCUCCCGACGCCGACACGCCCGAAGAGCCGCCCGUGUUCGUCUGCGACACGUAUACUGACGUCAUGGGCAUUGCUGACGCUGCGAGAGAACCUGGUAGAACACGGAACAUAAGCAUAACAUGGCGGUCGAUAUCCGAGUCUAGCAACCAAUCCUCGACGGGAUUCGACAUUGAGACCCCGCAGAACCGGGAGCGGCCACCUUCCGCGCUCGACUCGCGACUCAACUCGCACGAGUCCUCGCCCAUGGACAAUCAUAACUCCACAGAAGGGGAUGUAGUCAACCACAACGUCAUAGAGCUGACCAACCACAACAGGGAGAACGGCGUCACCAACGGCACGAUUAAUGGCAUCGAUGAAGUGUCUUCCAAGUUCUUGGAAGUCGACUUGAAUGGUGGUGCGUCGUCAAGCAGUGCAAGUUCGGAGAGCGAGGGUGAAGCAGCGGCUCCUCGUCGCGCCGGCGUGCGAGCCCGCGGCGCCAGCCAGCUCACCCUGUGCCCCGCCUCCCCGCGCCGCGCCUGCUGCCAGUGCGCGCGCUCCUCGCCGGCGCCGGGCGCCUGCGCGGCCGCGUGCACGGGCGGCGCAGGCACCGAGUGCUGGUGCGGCGCGUGUGCGCGCGGCGUGCGUUGCGUGUGCGGCGCGGCGUGUGCGGGCGCGUGCGCGGGCCUGGCGUGCGGCGCGCCCGCGGGGGAGGGGGGGGAGGCGGGUCCAGCUGAUCCGCUCGACGGACUCCCGCCCGCGCUCGACCCAUUGCAAGCGCGACUGCACCAGAUUAUACUAUAUCAGAGGAAAGUAGUAGAGGAUCUGAAUGAGCAACUGCGGUCGGCGCGGUCCGCGCUGCGGCUGUCGUCUCCGUCGCCGGGCGCGCGGCUGCUGGCCAGCCCGCCCGCCGCGCUGCACAGCGCCGCCGCCGACACCACGGCCGCCAACGAACAGAAGAGCCGCAGCGGCAGUGCGAGUGCGGGCAGCAGCAGCGGCAGCGCGUCGGAGGUGGAGGUGGGCGAGGAGGCGCGCGGCGUGGUGUGGCUCCCCGACAGCGCCGCCUCGCGCUGCCAACACUGCCGGAACCACUUCUGGCUGGCCAGGCGGCGGCAUCACUGCAGACGGUGCGGCGGCAUAUUCUGCGGCUCGUGCUCGGAGAUGUGGUCGUGGGGCUCGUGCGGCGCCGUGCGCGUGUGCCGGCGGUGCCGCGCGCUGCGGUGACGAGCCGACGCGCCGCGCCCCUCCCCCGCCGCCGCCCCGCGCACCGCCGCCGCCGCCGCCCCCGCCUCGCAGCCCCGCGCCGUCCUCCUCGCGCUGCUCAAGCACGCCUUCAACUGAACCAACGCUGCUACACACCACCACUGCUAUCGAACACUGUCGCACUCUCGCCAGUCUGCACAGUGUCGAUAAUAAGUGGAUAAAGGCGCUAUCAGAUGGACUGCAAGAGUCGACUUCAACAACUGUGCAAUUCUAACCAACUUUAUAUAAUCGGGUAUAAGGCGCAAUGACACUUAUAUGCGAUCCGAUCCACCUGAAACUAACUUCAUGCAAAUGUAAAACACGAAUAACUUAAAGCAAUUUUUAUGUCGACUAGAAGCGUCUAAUUCAUCUGAUAGCCUUGAGCGCUGUAUUAACCUAAUAGACUUAUGAUUAUAGAGGUACCUAGGCGCCUUAAACAGUGAUUAUUGUGAAGGACGUUCGAGGAGAACUUAGCGUUUCCAUCCAUUUGAGAAAGAUAUAUUUUUGUGUUUCCGAAUUUAAUGAACAGGCACGUACUUGAACACUUAACAUUUCAAACUUAACCUUAAUUUAUAUUAAUUAAGAGUUACGCUAUUUAAAAUAACGGAUCAUAUAAUUUCUGUAUACAAAAUCCGUGCCUGUGUGACGAAACAACGAAAAUAUUAGUAGUAUCACAGCGAUCGAAUUAGUCAGGAAUUGUCGAAAUUGUAAACAUAACAAAAUGUAAUGAAACGAAAAAUUUCAUCGAUUUUCGUGUGUAACUUUGGUCUGCCGAGUGAAACAUACGAAUAGUAACAGUCGAUAGGGAACCUUUAGCAGUUUCUCAUCGGAACUAGUCAUGCCGCUUCCGCGUGUAAUAUGCUAACCGUCGAACAUUAUUUAUCCAUUAUGGGUUGAGUGAGUGAUGUGUUUCACUAGUACCAUGACAUUGCUUCGUCGCGUCCACGUCGAACGUGUGAGUGUAUCGUAACGUAUAAAAUUUUAAGACAGCGCUGGGAACGUGUGAGCGGAAUGUUUGCCAACUCGUAUGCAGCAUUUUAUCGAUAAUAGUAUCGAUUUUUGACGAUUUCUAUCGAUAAGUUGAUAAUCGAGAGAUGUGACAAUUAUGUCAUAUAGUUUGUGCGGCGAAAAAUUAUGUUUAUGGUUAACAAAUAUAUCUCUGUGCAAAAGUAAUUAAUACAAAAACUCCCUAAAAAUCUUAGAUAUAUUUGAAGAAGGAUCUACCACAAUAUGACUAAUUAAAAUGUUGCUCUAAUGUAUAGUACGGGUCAUGUUCCGCUCACACGGCGUCAGUAUCGUAAUAUAAAGUUUUAUACAGCAUAAUUAAGACAUUGUGUAAAAUGUAUAUAAGAUCUAGUCUCGUGGUUUGUGGUAUGGCGGAGAGGGGCCGGUAGCGGGCGUAGUUAGGAAAUAUCGUAGUGAAUCAUUUCUACGCGAAGGCUGAAUUUUACUAUAGAAUAUUUAAUUUCUUACUUUUUCUAUAAAUACGUUAAUUUCACAAUUGUAUUUUCGUUCAAAAGAUGAUUAGUUAUUCAGUGAGAUUGUAAAAACUGGCCUAUUAGUGAAUGCUGAAUACAGACAACGCUGAGACUUUGUAUAAAAUUGUUUUCUUUUUUAUUUUGUAUUAUAGUGUUUCAUUUUUUGUUCUAUUAUUAUUUUUUGUACAGUAAGGUUUUGUUUCACACUUGCGUCAGGUAGCAGAUGGCGCUGAAAUCAACCGAUCGAUGUAGAAAGAGACGGAAGAUACAUUUAUAAACGCGCGAGAGAGAGAGACGUCCGUCGGUCGGUUUCAAAGCGUAGACUGUAUUCGACAAGUUUCCAAUAGCAAUGUAUGGAUUACAUUUUUGCUUUGUACGAUGAAAUGUUUGACUGAAUGCUACAUGUAAGCAUGGCGUCUACGACUAUCAUUGAGCCGUAUGUUCUAGACAACGUGCGAUAAAUUCUCUAACUAAAUAACUUGUCCGGCUUUUGAGUCGGCAUUUGUGUAUUUUAUUUGUGAUAUUGAUGAUAAUUUUGUAUAAUGGUUAAGAGUUUAAUAACAUGUUGUUAGACGUUAAAUUUGUCUGGUGAUUAUUUUAAAUACCCUCGUGAUGCGUAUUUGUUAAUUUUGCGAUUUAUUUUUUACGAGAAAAUAUAUUAUUGUACGCGGAGCGCCGCGGUCCGGCGCGAUGUGUAAUUCAAAUGUAAAUCGGUUAACUCGCUUCGUGUGAUUUAAUUAUCGCGUAACACGAGCCUCUAAUAUAAUAUUCGUUAACAGUUUCAAUUGCUAGCUACUUUUGAUUAUAAGUAUAAAUAACUGUAUUAGUCCUAUUAACUGAUAUAAAAUAUCAUCUAAAUUUAAUUACUUAUAUUUUACAAAUAAUCCCAACGGGAUAGAAACGUUAUAAUCAAAUGUUUGGAGUUACUUAGAAAAUGUUUUGGGAUUAUUGUAGAAAAUAAACAUUAAGUUAUCGGUAACGUAAUGUUGUGAAUACUUUAAUAAAAUUUAUAGCCAUUAAAUACUUUUGAAGUAUGAUGCUAGACUAUCGAAUUAUUAAGAAAAUAUUUUUGAUUUACCCUAUACUUCCAUAUAUGUAGUUUGGAGACAUUUGAUUUAUUUAUGUUCAAUUGUUAAAUAUGUAGAGGUUCGUGUUACAUCCGCUUGUGUGUAAAAUAUAAUUUGUAAUUUAUUGAUAACAGAGGGGGUUUGUUAAUACUGCAUAUAUUUUAUAUUGUAAAGGAGAGGCUCGAGCCGAGAGUCGCGAGUUCCACUGUCGAUGAAAACCUUGUUUGUGACCAAUGAUAUAUUGACACGAUGUGAAAUAAAGCAUAUUAUUUAGUUUUAUGACA